AUGAGUUUCGGUUUCUCUCCAGGCGAUAUUGCUCUUUUCCUCGGAUUCGCUACGAAGGUUGUGAAGGCCUUGAAAGAGGCAGGUGGUUCGAGAUCAGAAUAUUGUCAUGCUCAACAACAAUGCGAAGGCUUUCUUAUGGUAAUGGACGACGUCCAACGCCUUGAUCUUUCAAAUGUGUCGGACUCGUUUCGAAGCCGGAUUGAGGAGUACUCAGCACAUACUCAGGAAUUUGUGAAGGAUUUCAAGCGGACCAUCGUCAAGUACGAGAAAUCAAUGGGGAAAUCUUCUCAUCGCGGAUUUAUAACAAGCGCUCCAAAGAAGGUCCAGUGGGCUUUUAGCGCGGCUGAUGAUCUCGAAAAAUUCAGACAGAGCCUUUCUUCCCAGGUUAAUCUCGUCCAAUUCACAAUAUCAAAUGCUAUUUUAUCAAUCGUGGCUAAGUCCAAUCAACCACAACAACUUCUACUAGGUCCCGCGCGCCGUGAUGCUUUAAGCAAAGCAAUUUAUCCUGAUAGGCAUGAACAAGGCUAUCUUGAUUGGAACUACAAUCUGAUCGACAGCCUUGAUAUGCUUGGGCGAGUUAAUGAUAUCACUGAUCUUGUGUAUGAGCGCCUUCUCACAAGGCGGCCAGGAUUGCUACUGGCCGACCAUGGAAGGAUCUAUACUAUACCAGAUGAUGUCAGCAUCAGUGUGUCAUACCCGCCGCUUAAUACUAUUUCACAUGGCCGUACUCUCCCAUCCACGGGUCAUUUAAAUGAAGUUUCUGUUUUAAAUCAACACCAUGUUCAGUUAGCACAUGAGCGGACAUAUUCAGUACAACAGAAUACUCUAGCAAGCGAAAUCAAUGAGUACCUUCGUUCCUUAAACUUGGAAGAACUCUCUGAGCGGGAGGCAGAGCAGGUUAAUCAAAUGAGCUCACAGAGACUUCUACUUAAUGAGCCUGAAGAAGAGUCUUCUGAACCGCUCCCACAAAAAACCGAAAACAAUAGAGAUCAGCCACAGCCAUCAGGUUCAGACGAAAAACAACGUCGGAAGUCAAAGUUCCAUCACAGAAUGUCAUCCUUUGGGUUUCCGAUGGAUGCUUUAAGCGGCGCAUCGCUUGCAAUUGGUAUUACACAAUUCAUUGCUUCCGCUGCUAAGCAACGGCUAGGAUGGGACAUUAUCCAGGAAAGUCAAGUCGCUAUAAGGGAAGUGGAAAACAUCUUGAAUAUCUUAACAUACAGGACAGAGACCGGGUGGCAGAAAUACAUGUUAAUAAUGAGAAUAAUGAUCUGGGAAUCGAACAAGAAGAGGGUUCUUUCGCUCUUGGAUGAGAUUGAGUCCCUCAAGUCAACGUUUUCCAUCGUGUUGCAGACUCACCAAAUCCAAAUUUCGGAGCGCAGAUUCGCGGAGAUACAAUAUGCUAGGGAAAUACAAAUGAAAACCCUGGAGACCCAGCUUGUUAUGUCACAAAGCUGA